AUGAUGAUGCAUGUCUGGGAAAGUCCCCCGAAGCCUGGCUUGCCUUAUGUCAUAGGAGAGCUUUGCUCAUGCAGGCACGACAACACCAAGGAGCCCCAGACAAAGAACACACCAAGCGAAGAGAGCGUGGCCGGCAUCGAGUUCCAGUCGGCCCUCUCUGGUCAAGUCUUGCUAACAGUGGACGCAGAGAGGUUUGACUAUGAGGACAGCUUCCUUCGCAGGGUGCAGCGGCUCUUCCACCACCGCAUGCACCACCCACCGUUUGCAGUGUCAUGUUUGCACGAAGGCUUGGUCAUCGAAGAAGACAAAGCCUGGGUGGAAUUUGAGGGAGUUUCCACCUUCCAGGUGCUCCUGACGCCGCUGACACGAAACUAUGCGGCCGAGUUGGAGGUGGUUAUAGAGCAGGACUGCGCCGUGACCACACAGGACUUGCUGGAACUUGGGCAAGAUCCUACUUCCACACUUCAAUGUGGUAGCACUGCGGUCGUCAAGUGUUGCGAAUGCAAUGCUACGGCUGUCUUGCGGAAACUUCUGGAAGGGAAAGCUGACCCUGACAGAAUUGGACUGGAUGGCCGCAAUCCAUUGGACACUGCCGUUAGUGCCCAGAACUACGGAGCAGUUAAAACCCUCUUACUCCAUGGAGCGAAUGCAAAUCUCCAAGAUGCAGAGGGUAAUGCUGCCACGCAUGUGGUUGCGCGGGUCCCAGAUGCGGACAUGUUGGGGCUACUGAUGGGACAUGGUGCAAGCUUGCUGCUUGAAAACCACGAGGGACAGUGCUGGUUUUCUUUAGCAGAUCUCUGUCAGUUCGCACCUUUCGCUGUGGAUUCGGCUUGGCAAACAAUCACCUGGGGCCAUGUUCUGCGCAGUCAUCUCAAACCUAUUGCGGCUUUUGGAUUGUAUAGGCAGCUGGGGGCAACGUGUGGAAGGUUGCAUCUUGAAGCAGACUGUUUGUUGCCUGUUGGGCGUACACAAGAUGUGCAAGGUGGAGCAGAGCCCGUGCUGCAAAAGGAUCCAGAAGUUUGGCUGCAAAUUUGCUACAACCGGGCCACGGCUCUCACCAGGCGCUGGGAAGCUUCACUCUCCAAGCCGAAGACCGAGCAAGAGCUCAUCAAUGCUGGGAUGUCGGUUGAGCAGGCUCGGUACUAUUUGACUUCUUACAAAGAAGCGAAGGCCAAACAAACUUGGCUACGCAACUGGGAUGUGGCCAUGCCGCCCAUGAUACGGCAAACUUUUGGCGUCAGGAACACUGAGAGGCGCAUCCGCUUCAUGUCGGAUGGACACAAGUAUUUUGUGGAUGAUGAGCCUGUCGACGUGUCCGAGUUUGAUGCAGACCUGGCCAUCCAGAAGAUGAUGACCAGCGGGCACUGGCCGCGGAGGGAAUACAUGCGAGGAGCUUCCGUCAUGUCGCCUUCGGAAAACAAGACUCACUGGUCGGCCUCCGCAGAAGUGGCUGCGCGCCGAGGAACAUGGACACACCUUCAAUGCGAAUGUGUUCUCAACGGUGGCAGCGUCGACGGAGUGUGUCCUGAAUUGGUUUUACUUGCAAUUUUUCUUGGCCGCACAAAGCCACUCCUUGCAUUUCGCACCGAGUGGUGCAUCUGGGCGACAAAGGAAAAAGUGGCAGGCUGCAUCGAUUUUGCCGCCAUCGACGAGAAAGGCCACCUGGUGUUGGUGGACUGGAAACGCACUGCGAAUCUGGACCGCAAAUAUGUCAACCCCUGGCGAAGUCUGGCGGCGCCGCUAGAGCACUUGGCGGACGCACAAGGGGUUAAAUACCGCUUGCAGCUGAACCUGUACUGGUACAUCUUGGAAACAUAUUACCAAUACGUCGUGUCUGCCAUGCUGGUAGUCUGCAUACACCCUGAUUUGGAGGCGCCGUUUAUUGAUGAAGUUCCUCAUAUGCCUGCAGAGACUUGUGCGAUCAUUAGGCUCCGCCGGCAGGCCGUGGCCAACCACGCAGAGAUUUCGCCAACAUUGCCCCUGGAUGUGGCGGAGGAUGGAGACGGAGAGGAUGUCAGUGGUGGCAGUGAUCAUCUGUCAGUCAACGGCCCUGGUGCGUCGAGGCUUGCUGGUUGGUACACCGGCUUGCUGCAGCAAUCCACGGCUUCCGCUGCUACGCAAGGGUACCAGACCGAAGAUUCCGUGGCCAAAGCCGUUCUGUGCGGCACACCUGCCGUUCUUCUUCGACAGUUCUUGCUUAUCGAUGAAGACGAUGGUUUCCCUCACUGCGGAGAAGCGCCUGAUGAAAACAUGGAAGAGCAAGACGCAAUGGAGCCCGUGCCAGAGCCCGCAGUGGCCAGUCAGGAGCACGCAGAGGAACAGCAGCAAGCCAAGGAAGAACCAGGAGUAGACGAUGUGCCUGUGGAGGAUGCAGCCUUUGAAAAACUGAAGCAGCGCCGUCUGUGGCCUGGUGUAGUGCGAGAGCACUUGGGACAGGAUGCGCCGGACUACCUUGUCCGCGUGCUGGUCGGUGUGCUCGCAUUUGGGCGUUCGCGACAAGCCGACAUAUUCGUCCGGGAGCACGCACUCAUUUACUGGAUUGCAGAGGGUGGGCGGACACUUCGCUUUAAUGCUGGCGACUGCUAUAUGAAGACUCCCAGUGGAGCCUUCCAGCAACAUCGUGGAAUCCGCGUGUUCCGCCUCAUGCCAAAGAGUACGCCGCGAACUUGCCAAGGCUUCUUAGACGCAGUGUCCACCAUGUGGCAGGAGCACAACGGGGACUUAGCCACAUUUAUCUGCGCUUGCGUCGAUGCGUGCUUAUGCUUCGAAGGAGAUCCUCCUCGGCGCGGCAGGCAAGCGGGGCUGGCUGACGCCGGCAUAGGUGCAGACGGGCAACCGGAGGUGGGGGAGGUGGCUGCGGUGCAGUCUACCUGGAACGCGUCUAUGGCGAAGACCAUAAUGGCUGUCAAGAAGCAGUUGUCCGUGGAGCUGGGGGAUUGA